AACAGCUGUUCCAUUUGGCCGCGAGAAAGCUGGACUCUGGUGAAAGGUUUCCGUGCAAGAUGGCGGACACGCCGAGCGAAGAAACUGAACGUUCCUCUUGCGAAAUCAGAGAAAGCAGUGCCCCGAAAGCUCCCCAGACUACCAGCAGGAAUGGAGAACUUCCGAGGUCAGCUGAGGCAGUCGCUCAACCUGUAGCAUCAUCUGGCUCCAAGAAGAAAAAAAAGAAGAAGAAAAACAAGAAAGAGGGGUGUGAAGACGACCACCAUGACCAUUCAGCAUGCGGAGGCCACCAUGACCACAACGAGGAUGGAAGCCAACAGCCAAGCCCUCAGCAGUUAAAAAACCUACAGAGGUACUUCGAGGUGCUUAGGCUCAACGAGGGUAAACCGGCAAAGACCACAGAGGAAGCGAAGAAGAAAACAUAUCAAUUCUGGGAUACUCAACCUGUCCCUAAAAUUGACGAUGAAGUGAAAGAGAGUGGCCCUAUAGAAGACAACAAGUCAGUAGAGGAAAUACGACCAGAGCCCUACAGUCUCCCUCAGGGUUUUGUCUGGAACACUAUGGAUAUCGGAGACCCAGCUGUGCUGAAGGAGCUUUACACAUUGCUGAAUGAGAAUUAUGUAGAAGAUGAUGACAACAUGUUUAGGUUUGACUACUCAUCUGAAUUUCUACAAUGGGCACUCAAGCCUCCUGGUUGGAAGAUGGACUGGCACUGUGGUGUCCGAGUGGCUUCUAAUAACAAGCUGGUUGGGUUUAUCAGUGCUAUCCCAGCUCAUAUCAAUGUUUAUAAUGAGCCAAAGAUGAUGGUUGAGAUUAAUUUCCUGUGUGUGCACAAAAAGUUGCGAUCAAAACGUGUUGCACCUGUAUUGAUUCGGGAGAUUACAAGACGAGUGAACAAGGAGGGGAUCUUCCAGGCGGUGUACACAGCUGGGGUAGUGCUGCCAAAGCCAGUGGCCUGUUGCAGGUACUGGCAUCGCUCAUUGAAUCCAAAGAAACUAAUUGAUGUCAAGUUUUCACAUCUGAGUCGUAACAUGACGAUGCAACGGACAGUGAAGCUGUAUCGGCUCCCUGAGGCUCCUGAGACGAAAGGCAUUGUGAAACUUUCUGAGGAUGUCAUGAUGGAGGCAUUCACAAUAACGAAAGAGUAUCUGAAGAAGUUUUCCCUUGCACCGAAUUUUACAGAGGAAGAGUUCCGGCAUUGGUUUACACCAAGGAAGGGAAUAAUUGAUUCUUAUGUAGUACAGGACGAGAAUAAAAAAGUUACAGACAUGAUUAGUUUCUAUACCCUUCCAUCAACUAUCAUGCACCACCCAGUGCACAAGCAGCUGAAAGCAGCUUACUCCUUCUACAACAUUAGCACCAGCACACCCCUGAUCCAGCUGAUGCAAGACGCCCUCAUCCUUGCUAAACAAGAUGACUUUGAUGUUUUCAAUGCUCUGGAUUUAAUGGACAAUAAAGAGUUCUUGGAAAAGCUCAAGUUUGGCAUUGGCGAUGGAAAUCUGCAGUAUUACCUGUACAACUGGAAGUGCCCAGAUAUGAAGCCCCAACAGAUUGGUCUGGUCCUCCAGUAACGUGCGUAGCCCCCCUAGGAUAGCCCCUAGGUUAGGAUUUCAACAGUUCAGUCAUCUUCAACAACGCGUGAGCAAGAGAGGAUGAGAGAAACACUAAAGACAAGACCUUACAGACAUGUGGAGUAGAAAUUACCGCAGUAUAAACCUGCAGAAUGAUGGGAAACUCACAUCUAAGAAAAAAAUGGCUAAGCCAUUUAUCAACCCUCCCCCAUCUCACUUCACUCUUGUAAGAUAGCCUUUAAGACACUUAUUGUUGUUAUCAAACUUUUACAUAUUUUUCAAUGUUAUAACCCGAUUUAUCAUGCUAGACUUGUUACGAUGGAAGAAUAUUUGAGAACUACCUGUUUGGCUAGCCUCGCAAACUCACUAUGAUACAAAUAUCUUAUUCCUAACUUGGCUAGGUAUUCUAAAAUCACUUAUGGCAAUGUAUAUUAUAUAUAUAUAUAUUAUUUUAGUUUGAAAAGCAUCAGAACGUACCAGUGCGACUCUCGCUACCGUGGCUACCAAGACAAAGUUUAAAGUUAGCCAGAUACAUGCGAGAGUGACGGUUUCCACAAACUUUAAAGCUGUCAUGGGAAUCAGGCAAGGGCGCGCUGCACGUUAAUAGGAAACUUAAAAGAACCUGACCCAAAAAUGCUUUCAUGCUUAGCGCUCAACUCUAAGGUUACCCGUUUCUUUAGACCCAAAUAACCAUAGACAAGACAUAGACAAUCUUUUUUUAACAGCAAACUAUGAUCUGGUUUCAGCACACCCGUUUCCGUCUUUGCUAGACCGUGGAACUUGGAGUUUUCACGUUGUAGUUUGAAAGAAAACGGCUGAAAUAUAUCAGACGGAGUGCAAUUUAGAGUGUA